AUUCAUUGAUAAUGGCUGAACCUUCAAAGUAGAAUAAUGUUUGUGUGGUUUGUGCCGGUUGGCUUCGUUCGUUAAAUUAUUCUUCUUGCCGCCCUAAUAAUAAUUCUGGAGCAUAAAAAUGGCCUAUAGUGUUAAUAUUUCUGUGGAGGCCCCAAUUGAAAGCCAAAUUCAAGAAAUCACCUACGAUGGACAAGAAAUAUACCAGGCGCCUCUCUCAAUGUCAGAGAAUCUGGCGAAAAUGGCGCAAAAAAUUGAUUUUGCUCGUGUUAGUCCUGACACCUUCAAAAGUGAACCAAUGGAAACAGACAAACCUGAUGACGAUGCACAGUCUAAAGAUUCUGCCGCUUUUCAAGCUCCUCAAUGUCUCUGGGACUCUGUGAGAAGUAAAUUAAGGAAUUCACUUACAGAGUUGUGUGUUUUACAAGAUGUGUUGACCAUCGCCAAAGAAAAACGCUAUAUGGUCCUGGAUCCAGUACCUCAAGAAGUUCCAGAACAGAAACCAAUGGCUCAAAUCUAUGCAAGGAAAAAAGCUUUAUCAGGAGCAGCGUCCGUCUUACUCAGUGCCGCUGAAAGAUUGAGAACCUCUCAAACAGAAAUGGCUCGUAACAGGACAACCCCAGAUUUCCACAUAGAGUUAUUACGACUGAGACAAAAUUGGCGAUUGAAGAAAGUUUCCAAUGCUAUAAUUGGAGAUCUUAGUUACAGAACUGCGGGAUCAAAAUUUUCUCAGAUGGGUAUGUUUGAAGUAACAAAAGCAGAAGAUGAUGCCUCAACAUCGCAAGCCUCCAGUCCUCCUCCAUCACCUGGACUUGGGCCACCAAUGCCACCAAAACCACCUUCAGCCCUCAGAGUCACAGUUCCAUCAGAAUUACAGGGAGUGGCAUAUAUUAUGGUAUUAUGUCGAAAAGAUCAAGAAGAUUUAAGUGUAUCUGCUAAUCUUCUGGGCUCGUCUGCACCAAGUGCAAAUCCAGAUGUUCAUUGGCAGCAAAAACUUGAAGCAGCUCAGAAUGUAUUGUUCUGUAAAGAACUUUUUAAUCAAUUAGCCAAAGAAGCCGUUCAACUCCAGGGUCCCAUUCCACAUAUGGUUGUUGGAAAUCAAAUCAUGGCCACUGUCCUUCCGGGAAUUCAGCUGAUCAUCGGAUUGUGUCAUAGUGGAGGCGGUGGAGAAUCUAAAAGAGGAAUCGCCCCUCCUCCGCCAAAAGGUGAUCAUGAUCAUGUGCUGGAACAUUCUCUUCAUCAACUUCUUAGAGAGGUGCACCACAAAAAUACUCAUCAUCCGUUCCCGCAUCCCUCCAGUGGGCCCCUGGGACCCAGCAAGAAGAGAGCAUUGGCAGGACCAACUGCUGCGGACCGGUACCAGCUGUUAGAGAUGACCAAAAGUAAAACCAUGCUUGAAGAAAUGAUCGAGCAGACUCAACAUUUCUUCAUGAGACUGCGAGCAGAAUAUGUAUUAGAUACAAUUGCGAAAGAGGUAAAAGACCCUCUCAUUGUCUCGCACUGGAAUGCGUUAAAUUCUCCAACCCAGUCUUGUGUGAAAAUCACCAUCAUCACUCAUGGAUAUGAAGUCAUUGGCAAAUCCUCUCUUAUUGUUCAUGUCGGUCAAAAAUCCAUGAAGUGUGUUUGCAGAGAUGGGAAAGUGAUGCAUUUAUCCUACGAGCCACAAGAGUUGCGGGACCUGAUUUUCUGCCAGAUUCAUCAACACCAAAUAAAUUCUGUACAAGCUCUUGGAAGGUGUAUGGGAUGGCAGCACCUUGCGAACAGCCCCCAUUUAGGAAUUGGACCUGUCGAACCCCUAGGCAACGCCAGUUCUUGCAUCCUAGCCUCUCCAAUGGGUGACAGGAUUAUUGCCAUUCGUUGUGCACCACAAGCGGGACCUCAAGUUUUCAUUGCUCACUCGCCGCGAAAAGAUUUCUUCAGUGGACAGCUAGUCAAAGAGCGCAAAUGGGAAAACUUAGGUGGGCCUUUCAAAGAGGUUCGUUGGGACAAAAUGGAAGGGAAAAAUUUCCUGAACAAAAUGGAACUGCUCAUGGCUAGUUUAACUAGCAACUCCUAAUCAACUUCUUCCCUACUUACUAAAAAGCUUCAGCAAAUUUUAUACUUAAAUCAUUUGUAUCAUAUGUGUAAUUUAAAUGUAAAUAAUAUAUUUUGUAAAUGUUCUCAGGUUGCAAUUAAAUGGCUCUUUCUCAAUGUAAUUUUGUAUCAUAAUAAAAAAAAUACUAAUUGUU